UCUUCCAGAGACUUCCAUACUCUCGAACUGCUCUCACUCAGUGCGCACAGAAGUGCCAUUCGAGUUGGAAGCACGAUGUAUAUCUCAGGCCAACUUGGGAUUAGCCAGGAGACCGGCUCUUUGGUUCCCGGCGGAAUUUCUCCCGAGACACGACAGGCCCUUACGAAGCUUGGAAAGGUGUUGGAAGCGGGGAGAAUGAGCUACAAAAACGUGGUGAAGUGCACUGUCUAUCUGGCAGACCUAAAGGAAGCGGCAGAAAUGAACAAGAUUUACUCCGAGUUUUUCCCAGAAGAGCCCCCUGCACGAGUGGCGUUCCAGGUGGCGAGACUUCAGCUGGACGCCCGUGUAGAAAUUGAAGCCAUCGCAGUGGAUUGCAGUGACUGAAUCUCCAUCCUCAGCAUGGUUCGCAUUGCAAUUUGUGCAAGUGGGAGAAGCGGUGUGCCUCCAUAUGUGCCGUUGAUUAUUUUCACAUUUUGGGCAUGCUACAAGUCAGAGACAAGUGAAAAAUA